AAAGCCUUCCCUAGACCAAAAACCAGAUCACAUAAAAAUGGAUAGUCAACAAAGGAGUUUGUGUUUCAUUUCUCUAGCUUUUCUCUUCAUCACUUGCUCUUCAGCUGAGUUCCUCAUUCAACAGGUCACGCAAGGCAGAGGAACUGAGAACAACAGUUCUUCCAGUCUCGACGCGAAUCUUGGAGUGACAAGAGUGUUGAGAGACGAGCGACCAUCGAGUAAGAUAGUGACAAUAGCUGGCUACUCCGUUAUUAAAGGAAGAGGCGAACCCUACGAGUCCUCUGUUUUUGAAGCUGCUGGUUACAAAUGGAGAUUAGUUUUGUACGUGGUUGGUAAUGCUAACGAUGGUGGAGCUGGCUAUAUAUCACUUUACGUGAGAAUCGAAGAGACUGAAUCUCUUCCCUUUGGUUGGGAACUCAAUAAUGUUGAUCUCAAACUCUUUGUCCACAAUCCAAAGCUGAACAAGUACUUGACUGUCACAGAUGGGGCAUUGAAGCGAUUCAAUGGAGUGAAAAAAGAGUUGGGAUUUGGACAAUUGAUUGCUCUUUCAACAUUCGAGAACACCAACGAAGGGUACAUUGUGCAGGACACUUGCUCUUUUGGUGCUGAGAUCCUCAUAGUUAAACCAGCCGAGGUACAAGAGAAAGUGACGUUCAUAUCAAACCCUCCAGACAAUGUGUUUACUUGGAAGAUACUUCGUUUCUCCAACUUGGAAGAUAAAUUCUACUAUUCUGCUGAUUUUCUCGUUGGAGACCGAUACUGGAGAUUAGGGUUUAACCCGAAAGGAGAUGGAGGAGGAAGACCACAUGCACUUCCAAUCUUCUUAUUUGCUCAAGGCUUUGGGCCAAACGCAGUCGCUACAAACACUUGGGGAGCGGUCAAUCUGCGCUUAAAGAAUCAACGAAGCACCAACCAUAGACAAAUAUAUUCUGCAGCUUGGUACCCUAUUCGAAGCGGUUAUGGCGUGGGAGUAAACAAUAUCAUAUUGUUAGCAGAUUUAAACGAUGCAUCCAAAGGGUAUUUGGUGAAUGAUGCUAUCAUCUUUGAAGCUGAAAUGGUUAAGGUCUCUGUGACCAACAUCGUCUCCGUUUAGUGAUCUCUACUUGUUUUGUCAUGGAUGAAACAAACUUUAUGAAUAAAAGAGACGUUUGAUGAGUUUGUGCUCCAUGUUUUGUUUUCUACUUUGUUAUCAAAGAAAUGUAUUUCUCUUGGUUUUUAAGUUUUUAUCAAAGGUCAGAUGCUGGGAAAA